UUUUGUAAAAGUAGCAUGAAUUUGGUUGGACUAGCCGCAUUGCUUCCAUAUCCAUGCGGCUCGGUACCCCCCCUCUCUCUCUCUCUCGAUCUCAAGGCCUGGGCAGACUUCUUGAAUGAAAUCAUCUAAAGCUAGCUAGCUCCUCUAAGAACUUGCAAGGCCUUUACCAGUUUUUCUUCCAAGGAAAUAUGACCAGCUAUACAGUGGUUGUGGAUGUUGCAAGUGCUAAUGGCCUUUCAGGCAGUCCUCCUGAGUCCUGUGUUGAGCUUCGCUUUGCUGGGCAAAAACACACCACCUCGGUCAAGAACGGAGAUUGCCGUACUGUGGCUGUAUGGAAUAAGACAUUCCGCUUCUCUCCAGUGGAAAGUUAUAAAGUUGAUUAUAGUACUCUUGAAGCGUAUGUCUACAGUGUCAUUGCUAACCGCAAGUCAUUCGUAGGCAGGGUACGGCUUUCUGGUUCUAGUUUGAUCAAAUACCAUUGUGGACAUGGAACUCCCGAGGACUAUCCUUUGAGGGGUGGGAUAUUCCCACGAUCAAACGGCACAUUGCGGCUUAAAGUGUCACUUCAGACAGAAUCUCCCAUUAGAACUAUCGAUCCUCUCUCAAGGCUUGUUCCUUCGAUAUCAGAAGUUAAAAAAGAGUCCACCGAGCACGUGGAUGCCGUAGUGAAGAAGUUCAAACCAAUCUUUGAUCAUGGGAUGAUUGUUGAGAGCAUGCCCUAUAUUUUUGUGCAUGUGGUGAAGGCUCAAAACUUGCCAUAUGAGAACAUCAGAGGAAGACUUGAUCGCUAUGUUCAAGUAAAGGUUGGCAAUUAUGGUGGCACUACCGAGUACGUGGACAUGGAGCAGAAAACAGAGUGGAAUGCAACCUUUGCUUUCUCAGAGCUCGACAUGGACUGUAACCAGCUGGUAGUUAUCGUCAAAAAUGUGGACGGGACCAGGGAUGACUCUGUAGGGAUGGUGUCCUUCGACAUAUGCAACAUUCCUGCAUCUUCUUAUGAACCAAAGUGGCACCCUCUUGUUGAUGAAACAAGCCAAGGUAGGACUGAAGUCGAGUUGAUGCUUGCAGUUUGGAAGGGAUCACAGGCGGAUGAGAAAUUUCAUGAGGCUUGGAAGUCGGAUUCUUGCAUGGGGCCCACCGAGUACCAUUUACCACACUUGUGGUACCUCCGGGUCCACAUAUUUGAGUUCCAGUGUGAAACAGUAGCCAAUGAGGAUAACACUGUGGAGAUGAAUGUCACAACGGUGCUUGGUGGCCAGCUUCACCAGACUACGAUAGUGAAGAAACCGCUAGGAAAUCAUUCCUGGGAUCAAGAAUUUAUGUUCGUCGCAGCGGAGCCCUUUGAGGAGCACCUCCAAAUUUCCGUUCAAGCACAUCUUGGGCCUCCAGACAUGCAGAGGGUUAUCGGUGAAGCCUUCAUACCCUUGCAAACAGUUCAGAAGAGAGUCGAUGGUCGUGAUGUCAGGACUCAGUGGUUACAGCUUAAAAUGCCAGUAGGAGCACAAGCUGUUUCGUGUGGUAAGGAUGCUGAAUUGACCGUGUCGUCGUGCCGUAUUCAUCUCGCGACCUGCCUGGAGGGUGGAUACACCGUUCAAUAUGAUUCUACAGACAAUGCUGACGAAGUCAGGCCAGCAGCUAGUCAAAUUGUGGAUCGUCCUACUGUUGGUUUGCUUCAUAUUGGAAUCCUUGGAGCAACCGGACUCUAUCCCAGGAAAAGAAUGGAUGGAGAACUAAAGCUACACCCAUAUUGCGUGGCGAAAUAUGGAAAGAAGUGGGUACGAACUCGUACGGUAAAAAAUAGCUGCAAUCCUGUAUUCAAUGAGCAGUACUCAUGGGAAGUCUAUGACACAUCAACCGUCCUGACCAUCGGUGUUUUUGAUAAUGCCCAGCUCGAGGGGUAUAGCUUAGAGAAAAGAAUGGAAGGCGCUAUAGGGAAAGUAAGAAUACGGCUCUCCUAUCUACAACCGGGUAAAGCAAAAGUUGGAACAUACCCUAUACUCCGUUUGCAUCCUACGGGGGUCAAGCUACUGGGGGAACUGCGCCUAUCAGUAAUUUUUUCAGCAGAUUCAGUAGCGAAAGUGCUGCGCAUGUACUCUUCCCCCAUUCUACCCGAGAUGCACUACAAGGAAAAACUUUCAGAGAUUGUGCAAGAUAAUUUGCGGCUUCAUGCUGUCAGGAUAUUGUCUGCUCGAUUCAGCCAGAUGGAUCCCCCUCUUUGGAAGGAAGUUGUGGAGGACAUGUGUGACAUUCGCAGCACCUCAUGGAGCAUGCGGAAGAGCAACGCAAACUUCUAUAGGAUCGUGAGUGUCCUCUCUUACUACCAUGCAUUUUACGAAUGGCUUGGUGGCAUAUGUUUAUGGAAUAAUCCUACGACCACUUUGCUGGCCCAUGCCAUGUUGCUCAUGCUUGUUUCAUAUCCUGAGUUCAUACUCCCAGGGGUGUUCCUAUGUGUCCUCUCUGUUACAGCGUGGAACUACCGGUGCCGCCAUUCUCAUCCAGCUGUUACCUGGCUCUCUCUAACAAAUGAAGCACAUCCAGAUGAGCUUGAUGAGGAAUUUGAUACGUUUCCAACUUCACAGAAUCCUAGAGUAGUAAUGAUGAGAUAUGAUAGGCUAAGGCAUGUUGCCGCCAGAAUACAGACAGUCCUGGGAGAUUUUGCCUCCCAUCUGGAGAGAAUCCAAGCAUUGGCCAGCUGGAGGGAUACUCCAGCAACGGCAAUAUUUGGGAUCUUUACUCUUUCGGCAGCUCUUGUUCUAUAUUUUAUACCAUGGAAAAUUCUCGUCCUGCUUACUGGGCUAUACACGAUGAGGCACCCCAAGCUGCGACGGCAGACGUGGAUGCCGUCAAUUCUUGCAAACAUCUACUGGCGAUUGCCGCAGAAGACACACAUGUUGUUGUAAAUGCAAGUUCAAGCCUUCAUCCUUACUCUGGGUGACACUUACUGGAGCUUCUAUUGAUAUGAAUGAUUUUAUUGAAGGCAGGUAAUGUAUGAUUUAUUCCAUUUUGAUGAACACCAAAAACUAUCAUUUGUGUAAUUUAUUCUGUUCUCCAAUUGACAGACAAAACAAUGUACCUUUUAUUAUGUUUUCUCGGCAACAGACGAUGCCCAAUUUAUUCUGUUUCACCGGACAACCGA